AUGUAUUUAUAUUUAGACUUUAAAGAAUGAUUAACUCGAUGAAUAUUUUCCACUAAUCAUAAAGAUAUUAGAACUUUAUAUUUUAUUUUCAGAACGUGAUCAAGGAUUAUUAGAACUUCUUUAAGUGUGAUUAUUCGUAUAGAAUUAUCUCAAAGAAGAAGAGUUAUUAAUAAUAGACAAAUUUAUAAUGUAGUUGUCACUUCUCAUGCAUUUGUAAUAAUUUUUUUUUUUGUUAUACCAAUUAUAAUUAGAAGAUUUAGAAAUUGAUUAAUUCCCCUAAUAGUAAGAGCUCCUGAUAUGGCUUUCCCUCGGAUAAAUAAUAUAAGUUUUUGAUUAUUGCCUCCCUCUUUCUUUUUAUUAUUGAAAAGUAGAUUCUCAGGGUCAGCUAGAGUAAGAACAAGAUGAACAGUUUAUCCUCCUUUGUCCUCUAAUAUUGGACAUUCUAAUUCUAGGGUUGAUAUAGCUAUUUUUUCUUUGCAUUUAGCUGGGGUUUCUAGUAUUUUAAGAUCAGUUAAUUUCUUAGUUACCUUAUUUAAUAUAAAGAAUAAAAGAAAGUCUAUAAGUAACUUAAGUUUAUUUUGUUGAUCUUUAAUUGUUACUACUAUUCUCCUAGUAUUAUCUCUUCCAGUUUUAGCUGCUGCUAUUACAAUAUUAUUAUUUGACCGUAAUUUUAAUACUACUUUUUUUGAUCCUAACAGAAGAAGGGAUCCUAUUUUAUAUCAACAUUUAUUUUGAUUUUUCAGACAUCCAGAAGUUUAUAUUUUAAUCCUACCAAGAUUUAGAAUAAUUAGUCAUGUAAUUGUCUUUUACUCCAGAAAAGAUAAUAUCUUUAGGUAUUAUAGAAUGGUUUGAGCUAUAAGAGGAAUUAGGUUUCUUAGAUUUCUAGUGUGGGCUCAUCAUAUGUUUAGUGUAGGUAUAGAUGUUGAUUCUCGAGCUUAUUUCACUUCAGCUACCAUAAUUAUUGCAGUUCCUACUAGAAUUAAGGUAUUUUCAUGAGUUUCAACAUUAUUAAGAGCUAAUAUUUACUGAGGAUUACCUCUAUUAUGAGCUUAUGGAUUUUUAUUCUUGUUUACUAUUAGAAGAUUAACUAGAAUUAUUUUAGCUAAUUGUAGUUUAGACCUUGUCCUCCACGAUACUUAUUAUGUAGUUGCUCAUUUUCAUUAUGUAUUAUCAAUGAGAGCUGUAUUUGCUAUUUUCUCUGGGUUUUUUCAUUGAUUUCCUCUGUUUACUGGAUUAAGUUUCAAUAAAAUCUUAAGACAGUUACAUUUUUUUAUAAUAUUUGUUAGAGUAAAUUUAACAUUUUUUCCUCAACAUUUUUUAAGGUUAAGUAGAAUACCACGUCGGUACAAUGAUUAUCCAGACUUUUAUUUAACUUGAAAUGUAGUUUCUUCUAUUAGAUCAUUAUUAAGUAGAGUAGCAGUUUUAGUAUUUUUUUUAAUACUAUGAGAAAGUUUUUACAGUAAACGAUUUUUAUUUUCUGCAGAAUCCAAAUCAAUAGAAUUUAAAAUAAGAUUUCCUCCAGCUUUACAUACAUGAAUGACUUCACCAGUAUUUAAGGCUUAA